CAACAUGAAGAUUCCAGCCAUGAUGUCUCUCCUACUGGUGUCUGUGGGCCUCAGGGAUGGACUUCAGGUUCAAAGUCACUCCAUCACACAACUAGACAUCUUUUCUCAAGAAACACCCCUGGACAUGGCCCCAGCGUCCUUUGAUGACCAGUAUGCUGGCUGUGCUUCAGACAUGGCAGCGGCUCUGCCAGAUCUCAACCACUCGGAGUUCCAGGCCAACAAAGUGUACGCGGAUGGUUGGACUCUGGCCAACACCCAAUGGCAGGAGCGCAUGGCCUGGGGCUCAACGUGGGGCCUCAGCUCAACCCCCUUGCCCCCACCACCCCCGGGUUUCCGAGAUGAGCACGGGGUGGCGCUCCUGGCCUACACUGCCAACAGCCCCCUGCACAAGGAGUUCAACGCGGCGGUGCGCGAGGCGGGCCGCUCCCGGGCACACUACCUCCACCGCUUCUCCUUCAAGACCCUCCACUUCCUGCUCACCGAGGCCCUGCAGCUGCUCGGGAGCCAGCGAUCUCGCGGGUGCCGGCAGGUGUACAGGGGGGUGCACGGCCUGCGCUUCCGGCCAGCGGGGCCCGGCGCCACCGUUCGGCUGGGAGGCUUUGCUUCCGCGUCCCUCAAGAACGUUGCCGCCCAGCAAUUUGGCGAGGACACCUUCUUUGGUAUCUGGACCUGCCUCGGAGCCCCGAUCAAGGGUUACUCCUUUUUCCCUGGAGAGGAGGAGGUGCUGAUCCCCCCUUUUGAGACUUUCCAGGUGGUCAAUACCAGCCGACCUGCCCAGGGUCCCGCACGCAUCUAUCUCCGCGCUCUGGGCAAACGUAGCACAUACAACUGUGAAUACAUCAAAGAAAAGAAGUGCGGAUCUGGGCCCUGCCGGUUGGAUAGCUCAGCCCCAGGCUCCAUCUCCACCUCCUGUUCGAGCCUGCUGCUGCUCUGGUUCCUUGUGCUGAGGGCCCUUCCAGAGAAUGCGGGCCUCCUGUGA